AUGGAAAGAGUUGUAAAAGAGGGUGAGAAUGUCGAACAAUUAGAGACUUUAGAAUUAUCAUCAAUGGUGAUUCCGAUAACCGCUGCUACUCGCUCGCCAGAUGAUGAUGAUCAUGAUGGCAUGUACAAAGAUAUAUAG